AGAAACUGCCUACUUAAUUUGAAAAGAACAAUGGUAGGAAAAGCUAGAUCUUCCAAUUUUACCUUAUCUGAAAAGCUUGAUUUGUUAAAGCUGGUGAAGCCAUAUGUUAAAAUUCUGGAAGAACACACUAACAAACAUUCAGUGAUAGUGGAAAAGAAUAGAUGUUGGGAUAUCAUAGCAGUUAACUAUAAUGCGAUUGGAGUAGACCGCCCUCCUCGAACAGCGCAGGGCCUACGCACUCUUUACAAAAGGCUCAAAGAAUAUGCCAAACAGGAGCUAUUGCAGCAAAAAGAGACCCAGUCAGAUUUUAAAAGCAAUAUUUCUGAGCCAACCAAGAAAGUUAUGGAGAUGAUUCCCCAGAUUUCCAGUUUUUGCCUGGUAAGAGACAGAAACCACAUACAAAGUGCAAACUUGGAUGAGGAAGCGCAGGCUGGUACCAGUUCACUACAGGUAAUGUUGGACCGCCAUCCAGUUGCUAUUACAGUGGAGGUGAAGCAAGAAGAAGACAUUAAGCCCCCUCCUCCACUGGUUUUAAAUUCUCAACAGAGUGAUACUUUAGAGCAAAGAGAAGAACAGGAAUUAGUGCCUGUAAUGGAAAGAUCUUUGUCACCAUCACUUUCCUCUGUUGAUAUGAGAAUGACAUCGUCUCCAUCUUCUAUCCCAAGGCGAGAUGAUUUUUAUCGGCAUGAGAGUGGAGAAAAUUUUAGGUCACAAUUAGGGUAUGAUCCUCAGAUUCUACAAAUGCUGAAAGAGGAGCAUCAGAUAAUUUUAGAAAAUCAAAAAAGUUUUGGAUUAUAUGUUCAGGAGAAGAGGGAUGGAUUGAAAAGAAGGCAGCAGCUAGAGGAAGAGCUGCUAAGAGCAAAAAUUGAAGUUGAGAAGCUGAAAGCAAUUCGACUACGGCAUGAUCUACCUGAAUAUAAUAGUCUCUAAGAGUUUUUUUCAAUCUUGCAAUUUGAUUAUUUUAGUUUUGGCCUGAUUAGUUUCAUUUGGGAAUAUCCUGAAGCAGGGUACAUAUUCUUAAAAUAUAUUGUUAAUCUCUGUUAUGAAAAAGGCUUUUUUGACAUGAUUUUCUGAUUAUUUAAUUUUCCUUUGAGAUAUAGUAAAACUGAUGGCAUGCUUAUAAAUUUUUUGUCUUCCUGGGCCUUACAAAAGAUGUUUUAUUUUGAUUAUUAACAUAUAUAAAUGCAUAUGUAUAUACAUAAAUAUUCUUUCAAAGUUCUGAAUCUUCAACAUUUUUAAUUGACACUUUGAAAGCUGUAUGUAGUUCAAGCUGUUUAUUAAUGUUAGGUUAAUUUAGAAGCAAUACUAGCUUAAUAGAAGCUUGUCUAUAUGACACUGAUUUUUAUGCUUUCAUUCUUUGAAGGAAUAAAUUCUAGAAUUUUAGGGACUAAAAUAUUAGGGACUAGAAUUUUAGGGACUAAAAUGGAAGGUAUUUGGAGAACACUUUUCCCACCUCAAUGUAAGGGUAAUAAAACUGAGGGCAAGGGAAAACUCAGUGAUUUACUUGGUUUACCAAAGCUCUUUAUGGCAUAGCAAGGACCAGCACUCAGUUUUUUUUUCUCUCUAAUUCCCCCCCCCCCCCCCCCCCCCCGUGGUUCCAUAGAAGAAAAAAUCCGCUAAAGUAUCCUCCAUGGUAAAAAAAAUUAGAAACAUUUAUUUCAUUAAAAUUGUCUUUAAAAAAUUGUCUUUGGUGGAUUGUGAAAUCAGGGGGAUUGUGUCAGUUACUCCCAUCCUCCUUUUUUUUUUUUUUUUUGGUCCUGCAAAAUAAGAUAUACUGUUGGAGCUGUUAUAUAUUGAGGUGGCCAAAAAAGUUUGUUUGGUUAGUGAAUACAUUGUUCAGUACAUGUGUCUUUUAUUUUUACUUAAAACCGAACUAAAUUUUUGGCCAAUCCAAUAUGUUGACUCUGAGAUUUAAUAUGUUGAUUCAUUUUGAAUGUCUUAGUCUGAAAAAGAUUUCUUUCAUGGUAAAAUCACAGUAAACUUUAAUGAACAAAAUCAAAAUUUUAAACAUUAUAUGUGUGUAACUUAGGAUAUCUGUAGUCUUAUGUUUCUGUAAAUAUUACUAUUUUAGUAUUUGUGGAAAUAAAUAAAACUUUGAUUCUUAAAGCACACAUACACAUUUUGUUAAAUCUUUAAUAUGUCUACUACUUAAGGAUUUCUAUUUUGGCUAGGGGUUUGUUGAGGAAGGCUAUUUUAAGCCAAGCUUUAGAAUGGGGUAGGUUGGAUUUCAACACUUUUUGGGGAAAAGGCUGUUUAUGUCAGAGUGAGCAGCAUGAAGAAAGGCAUAGAAGAAGAGAAAAAGUGGGUCAGAGUGUAUAAGCCCAAAUACAGUGCUAAGCCAGGUGAUUUUUAAGUGAUUUUAAGUGAACACAGCCAGUUAGGGCUGUGAUAGUCUGGAUGAGGACAUAUACCUUGACUAAUUGGGGUUAGCUACUCUUCAGCUCUAGCAGAAUUUUUACAUGUAGAAAUAA